GAUUUAAAGCAUCGUUUGAGCCGUUUUAGUCAAGAUAUGAGCCAACUGACCCCGACAAGCGAUAUCGAUGGUGCUCGUAGCCCGAAAGCAUGCCAGCCUUGUGCAGCAGCUAAAGUCAGAUGUGAAUUUCAAGGGGGAGAGAAAAUGUGUCUACGUUGCCAACGCUUGAAAAAGUCUUGCGGUGACCAAGUUCCGGGUGCCCAUCGACGAAAAAGGCCGAUAGCACACUCACGUUCAGUUCUUGAUGUAGUGGAAAAUACUGAGUCAUUUACCUCGAAAGAUCCCGAGUCAAGCCCGUUCAUCGGAAACACGAUUCCAGCACUGAACGCAGCCUACUUUUCUCCUGCACUCUGGAUUAGCAGGCUCGUGAAAAGUGAUGAAGAAGGGGAGUUGUUGCUGCGAAAAUUUAGGCUCGAGUUUUCUCAGUUCUUCCCCUUUGUGGCUGUACCUCCUGUUAAAACUUUCCUCAAUCUCCGAGACGAAAGUCCCUUUGUUCUGAUUGUCUCCUUGAUGGUCGCUUGUCGAGACGACGGUGUUUUGCAAAGCGCUGUGGCAAAGAAGAUACGCGAGAUCAUAAGCUUCUCCGUUUUGGUGAAGGGUGAGCAAAGCCUUGACCUUCUUCAGGGGCUCAUGCUGUUUCUUGCAUGGUAUCAUCUCCACAUGCACUUAGGCUCCCAAGUGAGCAACCUGAUCCAUAUCAUAAUGGCAUUGAUGACAGAUCUCGGACUUGAUAAUUGUGGGGCAUACAAGAAUUGCCGACCAACCUACGCCAAUGGGGGAUAUUUUGGCAAGCACGGACCUGUCCCAGUACCCGCGUUUGCUAGAGACAGGUCUGCAGUUAUUCCGAUCACCAAAACCCUGGAAGGAUGCAGGACAUUCCUUGGAUGCUUUUUUCUCUCAUCUGUCGUCUCAAUGUGUGCUCGCGAUAUUGAACCUAUCAAACAAUCCAAAUAUGUGGCAGAGUGCUGUCAAGUUUUACUGGAGGGUAUGCAAUACCCCACAGACAGUGUUGCUGUCCAUUUAGUGCGGCUUCACGGCGUAGCGGACCGAAUUUCGCAAGCGUUAUGUGCUGAUGUAUGGGACUACCCUGUUGGUCUCAACUCAGCACCUAUCGGCGUCUAUGUCAAGGCGCUAGAAUCCGAGUUAAUGCAGCUCAAACGGUCGCCAGCAGAAGGGACAAACGAGUAUAGUGAGUCAACAAAAGGAAGGAAAUACAGAGCUGAUCAAUCACAGUCCUUUCAGUACACUAUCGCACCAUCGAAGUGUUCCUGUAUGAGAUCGCGUUAAGUGAGACUAUUGAGCCCGAGCGCUAUGGGACCUAUCCUUUUGCGCGGUUAAACAUGCUUUAUGCUUGCCUAAACUCUGUCAGCCUGCUUUUUGACCACGUCAAUGCAAUUUCGGCAUCAGAGUGGUACAACAUACCCUAUACUACGUGGGCAGUGGUCAGGCAUGCUCUUGUUGUUCUCUCUAGGUUGUGCCUAUGUAACGCAGAGGGCUGGAAUAAAGAUUACAAUCGGAGCAUUAUCGAUUUCUCAAGAUUGAUGGACACCUUG